ACAACUUCUUGCAUUCUUCACGAAUUUGCCUAGGGCAUUCCUCCCUGGCUCUGUUUUCAACAUUUUGGUUACAAGUUUGUUUGUUUUUUGAAAGAGGAGGAGAAGCUAAAAAGAUUUUAGGGCUUUUGAGAAAAGUUUUCUUUUAUAAAGGAAAGGGGCUAAGAAUGAUAUUCUGUUCUUGCCAGGAAUUUCCAUCAGGGCAAAGUGCUGUAAAGGAAUGGAAGGCUAGUUCCGCCGCCCAGAAGGGAGGAGGGGGCACAGCGGUGAUGGGGACGAACUUUAGCACUUCGGUCCACAGAAGUUCACCAUGAAAAGACCAUCCUGCUCGAAAAGAGCUCCGAGAGACCCUCAGCCCGCAAACAGGGGAAACGCGGCAAAAUCACAACGUGUUUUGGGGCGUGUUUUAGACCCGAGAGUAUUUGCCUCACGCUUACUGGGCUAGGGCUGGUAUUAAUAAGAUCGCUAAGGAGGUUCCCUUUUUGUGGUUUUAAUUAGAUCGGCUGGAAGACUGUUUUCUUUAUUCCCCCACCCCUCCCGUUCUGUUACUGACGGGCGCUUGUGGAUUAAAUUGUUUCCUUCCGCGGAAGUUCUUUCACAAAGCAAAACAGUUGGGGGGGGGGGGGUUGAAAAAAAGAGAAGAAAGCGCCCGGGAGAAGAACUUCUACCCAAGAUGCUGGGACAAAAAUAGAAAGUGCUAAUCUUGAAUGCCUGCCGGCUUGGUCCAGCAUGGCUGUGUAUGCCCUCACCGGCUUCUCCCUUGUGAGCCUGCUGAGUUUUGGCUACCUCUCUUGGGACUGGAUGAAACCCAGUUUGGUGGCCGACGUUUCUGUGGACCCGAUGGGGAAGCCUCUCCCUGCCGCCGCCGCCGCCGCCGCUGCUACCGCCCUCUCUAGACCGCCUCACAUCGUCUUUAUUCUAACGGACGAUCAAGGGUAUCAUGACGUUGGCUACCACGGCUCAGAUAUCCAGACUCCAACGCUGGACAGGCUGGCUGCGGAAGGAGUUAAACUGGAGAAUUAUUACAUCCAGCCCAUCUGCACCCCCUCCAGGAGCCAGCUUAUCACAGGAAGGUACCAAAUCCACACAGGGCUUCAGCACUCCAUCAUCCGUCCCCGGCAGCCCAACUGCUUGCCCUUGAAUCAGGUCACGCUUCCCCAGAAGCUGCAGGAAGCUGGCUAUUCCACGCACAUGGUAGGCAAGUGGCACUUGGGUUUCUAUAGGAAAGAAUGCCUGCCCACCCGCAGGGGCUUUGACACUUUCCUGGGCUCGCUAACAGGAAAUGUGGAUUACUAUACGUAUGACAACUGUGAUGGGCCUGGCGUAUGUGGCUAUGACCUUCAUGAUGGGGAGAAUGUGGCUUGGGAACAAAGUGGCAAGUACUCCACCUUCCUCUAUGCUCAGCGAGUCAGCAAAAUCCUGGCUACCCAUAAUCCCAAGGAACCCAUCUUUGUUUACGUAGCCUUUCAAGCUGUGCACACCCCACUGCAGUCCCCUAAGGAGUAUAUCUACCGCUAUCGCUCCAUGGGCAAUGUUGCACGACGCAAAUAUGCUGCCAUGGUCACCUGCAUGGAUGAAGCUGUGAAGAACAUCACCUGGGCCCUCAAGAAGUAUGGCUACUAUGACAACAGCGUGAUUGUGUUCUCCACUGACAAUGGUGGGCAGACAUUCUCUGGGGGAAGCAACUGGCCUCUGCGAGGCCGCAAAGGAACUUACUGGGAAGGAGGAGUCCGUGGCAUUGGGUUUGUGCACAGCCCACUGAUUAAACGCAAACGAAGAACCAGCAGAGCACUAAUUCACAUAACAGACUGGUACCCAACUUUAGUGACCUUGGCUCGGGGCAACGUGUCUGAAGCAGACGGUUUAGAUGGCUAUAAUGUGUGGCCUGCAAUCAGUGAAGGCAGAGAGUCUCAGCGAACUGAAAUCCUGCAUAACAUUGAUCCUCUUUAUAACCAUGCCAAGUAUGGCUCCUUGGAGAGUGGCUUUGGCAUAUGGAAUACUGCAGUACAGGCCUCUGUACGGGUAGGGGACUGGAAGCUUCUUACUGGAGACCCUGGUUACAGUGACUGGAUCCCGCCACAGACUCUUACCAACUUCCCAGGGAGCUGGUGGAACCUAGAGCGUCUGACAGAUGGUGUACGCAAAUCUGUCUGGCUCUUCAACAUCACUGCCGACCCUUAUGAGCGCUAUGAUUUGUCAGAGCAGCGGCCUGAUGUAGUCAGGGCUCUGCUCAUUAGACUUGUCCGCUACAACCAGACUGCUAUUCCAGUCAGAUAUCCAGCAGAAAACCCUCGCGCUCACCCAGACUUCAAUGGUGGUGCCUGGGGCCCCUGGGCGACUGAAGAGGAAGAAGAGUGGGUGGGAGGACAUGGAAAACUGAAAAAUAAAAACAGGAAGAAAAAGUGCAAGAUCUGCAAGCUGCGCUCCUUCUUCCGGAAGCUGAACACCAGGCUGAUGUCCAACCGCAUCUGAGGGGUGGUGGUGCUGCAAAACGCAGCCUCAAAGGGGUGGAGUUCCAAAGGAUGGAAAUAGAGGAGAGACGCACAGAUGCCCCUAGGAUCAGUAGGGCAGUUUCAGGCCUAGUCCCACAUACCUAGUGCUCAAAAUGGGGAGGGAUGCCAUCGGGCCUCUCCAGAUGUCCUUUCCAGUAUGUAUUCAUGAUGAUGUGUGUUCAUGAUGGUAUUGGGAUGGUUAUACUUGAUCCCGCUUUCAAUAAUAUUUGGACCUGCAAAAGUUUUGGGGUGGACAUAUUGCUUUGUUUCUAAUUAGUGCAUGGUCCAUAAUUUCCUGCUGAAAUCCUGUAACUUUUCAUACCACAAAUGUUCUGGUUUAUUUUUUGCCCCACUUUUGUUGUGUUAUAGUGCAAGAGUGCCCUCCAGGUGGCAAUAAUGCAGCAAAGUUAGGGAAGCUUUAUAGAACAAGUAAUAAAGUGUAAUGAUGUGUGGAUGGUCCAGUGUAAAUCCAUCACUGAUGUGCUUACUAUGAUAGCAUCAAUGACACAUUGCAGGAUACAAAACCCCAGUCUGGAAGGGCCAAUAAAAAAGCCUGGCCUAACUCAUCCCACUUCCUUUUUUUCUCCCACUUUAGAUAUUGUCCACAACAAUGUAUAUUUUUGCUGGGAAACCCUUCAGUAUUUGUAAUCUUUGAGAGCCUGCUUGGCAGUUUACGGAGACAGACCCUUCCCUUUCUACAUUCCUUAUUUCAAAAUGUUCCAACCCAUAGUUGUCAAGUGUCAUCAUGAUUAAUGAACAUAUGUAUUUAUAGUAAGAUGCAAUACAGUUAUCUUAUACAGACCAUCUAGGAACUGGGGGGAAAGUAGUCACCCUGAACAUCUCAUCCACUAUCCAAAGAUCAAAUUAAUAUUUGAGAUCAAAAUGCUAAAAGGUAUUUGAAACUGUCUGCUUAGGAAGAGCAGCUACUCUGUAUUUGCCUCAUGACACAUCAUAAAUAAACUUAAAUUAUGAAUUAUGUAA